GCAACAGCCGUUGAAAUUCAAAAGUGGCGGGUGUGGCACCUCCUGGGUGGCUGCCGGAGCGCGGAGCGCCCGUGUUCUGCGUCGCGAGCGGGCGAGGGAACGCAGGUCCCGGGAGCCGCGGCGCCCUGUUCCCUUCGUCGCGCCCCCUGGCACGUGUGGCGGGAGCUGGUCAUGGAGCCGCAGCAGAGGUCCCCUUUGUUGGAAGUGAAGGGUAACUUAGAGUUGAAGAGACCCCUGGUCAAGGCCCCUUCCCGGCUGCCUCUCUCAGGAAGCAGGUUUAAGAGGGGGCGUGACCAGAUGGAGGAUGUCUUGGAGCCAGAAAAGAAAAGGACACGAGGCCUGGGCACAGCGACCAAGUUUGCCACAUCCCACCACAGAGCUCCGGUCAUCACCACAGUGCCCCAGACACAAGGCCAGACCGCAGCUCCAAAAGUUCCCAAGAAGACAGGCCCGCGAUGUUCCACAGCCGUUGCCACAGUGUUGAAGACUCAGAAGGCGGGCCCCGCUGUUCCUGCCCAGAAGCCUGACACAGCAGCUGCUCCUCCUAAGCUGGGCGGGAAGAAACCCGGCAAACGUCCAGCCUGGGACUUAAAGGGUCAGUUAUGUGACCGAAAUGCAGAGCUGAAAUGCUACCGUGAGAGGACUCAGACUUUGGACCAGGAGAACCAACAGCUGCGGGACCAGCUCAGGGAGGCCCAGCAGCAAGCCACGGCCCUGGGGGCAGAACGCAAGACACUGGAAGGGGAGUUGGCCAGGGUACGGGCCCAGGCUGAGCAGGGCCAACAGGAGCUGGGGAACCUGAGUGCCCGUGUCCUGGAGCUGGAAGAGCGGCUGGGCACGCAGGAGGGCUUGGUGCAAGAGCUCCAGAAAGAACAGUUGGGAUUGCAGGCGGAGCGGAGGGAACUGGCCACCCGGCUGGAGGAGCAGGAGAGGAGGCUUCAGGCAUCAGAAGCAGCUCUGUCAGGUAGCCAAGCGGAGGUGGCAUCUCUGCGCCAAGAGGCUGCAGCCCAGGCGACCUUACUGGCUGAGCGAGAAGAACGUCUCCAUGGGCUAGAGAUGGAGCGCCGGCGACUACACAACCAGCUACAGGAGCUCAAAGGCAACAUCCGUGUGUUCUGUCGGGUCCGCCCUGUCCUUCCAGGGGAGCCCACCCCACCCCCUGGCUUCCUCCUGUUUCCCUCAGGCCCUGCUGGGCCCUCUGAUCCUCCAACCCACCUCAGCCUCCUCCGGUGUGAUGAGCGGCGUGGGACCCUGAGUGGGGUGCCAGCCCCCCCGACUCGCCACGACUUCUCCUUUGACCGGGUAUUCCCGCCAGGGAGUGGACAGGACGAAGUGUUUGAGGAGAUUGCCAUGCUUGUCCAGUCAGCCCUGGAUGGCUACCCAGUAUGCAUCUUUGCCUACGGCCAAACAGGAAGCGGCAAGACAUUCACAAUGGAGGGUGGGCCUGGGGGAGACCCCCAGGUGGAGGGGCUAAUUCCUAGGGCCCUGCGGCACCUGUUCUCUGUAGCCCAAGAGCUGAGCGGCCAGGGCUGGACCUAUAGCUUUGUGGCAAGCUACGUAGAGAUCUACAAUGAGACUGUCCGAGACCUCCUGGCCACCGGGACCCGGAAGGGCCAGGGGGGUGAGUGCGAGAUUCGCCGGGCAGGGCCAGGGAGUGAGGAGCUUACUGUCACCAAUGCCCGCUAUGUUCCUGUCUCCUGUGAGAAAGAGGUGGAGACUCUGCUCCUUCUGGCCCGCCAGAACCGGGCUGUAGCCCGCACAGCCCAGAAUGAGCGGUCAUCACGCAGCCAUAGUGUGUUCCAGCUGCAGAUCUCUGGGGAGCAUGCGGGGCGAGGCCUACAGUGUGCGGCCCACCUCAAUCUUGUGGACCUGGCCGGGAGCGAGCGGCUAGACCCUGGCUUAGCCCUCGGUCCUGGGGAGCGGGAACGCCUUCGGGAAACACAGGCCAUUAACAGCAGCCUGUCCACGCUGGGGCUCGUCAUCAUGGCUUUGAGCAACAAGGAGUCCCAUGUACCAUACCGGAACAGCAAGCUCACCUACCUGCUGCAGAACUCUCUGGGGGGCAGUGCUAAGAUGCUCAUGUUUGUGAACAUUUCUCCACUAGAAGAGAACGCCUCAGAGUCCCUCAACUCCCUCCGCUUUGCCUCUAAGGUGAACCAGUGUGUCAUUGGUACUGCCCAGGCCAAUAGGAAAUGAAGACAGAUCCAGAUCUUUCCGGGGUGGAAGUAGGGGCGAGGGAUGCUUUAUUGGGGUAGGGGUGGUGCCCUGUUACCCGGGCCUAUCAAAUAAAGAAAAGCUUUCUGUGUGUGUGUUUUUUCCCCCUUAAAUAAAGGUUUUGUUAGCAGUU